AUGCUGAAGCAGGCCAAGAAGAUCUUUUGCUCAGAAAUGUCUCAGUGGCCACACGGUAGACAACGUGGAAAACCCAGACAGUCGCAAAUCUUGGGGCUUAUUUGGCGACAAACAGGGACAAGCACCAGGAUAUUCUGUACACAGACGCAAAAGACAGAAACAAAGGUGUAUGGAGAUAUCGAGUAUUGCAGCAUUAUUAAGAAUAAAGUCACUGGAGAAAGUAAAGGUUUGGGAUACGUAAGAUAUUUAAAACCAUCACAAGCUGCCCAAGCAAUAGAAAACUGUGAUAGAAGUUUUAGGGCUAUCUUGGCUGAACCUAAAAAUAAAGCAUCUGAGUCCUCAGAUCAAGAUUAUUAUGGUAAUAAGCAAGAGGGUUUGGGACAUGAACCUAGAGUAAAUCUGUUUCCAUUUGAACAACAAUCUGAAUUUUCAAGUUUUGACAAGAAUGAUAGCAGAGGCCAGGAAGCUAUCUCCAAACGCCUGUCAGUUGUAUCAAGAGUUCCCUUCACUGAAGAGCAGCUUUUCAGCAUUUUUGAUAUAAUACCAGGACUAGAGUAUUGUGAAGUUCAACGUGAUCCUUACUCAAAUUAUGGUCAUGGAGUGGUUCAGUAUUUUAAUGUAGCCUCAGCUAUUUAUGCAAAGUAUAAGCUGCAUGGAUUUCAGUACCCUCCAGGGAAUCGAAUAGGUGUUUCCUUCAUCGAUGAUGGGAGCAAUGCAACAGAUCUCCUUAGAAAAAUGGCAACACAGAUGGUAGCUGCACAGCUUGCAUCAAUGGUGUGGAAUAACCCAAAUCAGCAGCAAUUUCUGCAAUUUGGAGGAGGUUCUGGAUCGCAGUUGCCUCAAAUCCAGACAGAUGUUAUACUUCCAUCAUGCAAAAAAAAAGCCCCUCCUGAAACUCCUGUGAAAGAAAGACUUUUUAUCGUGUUCAAUCCUCAUCCUUUACCUUUAGACAUAUUAGAGGACAUAUUCUGUCGUUUUGGUAACCUGAUCGAAGUUUACCUUGUGUCAGGAAAAAAUGUGGGGUAUGCCAAGUAUGCAGAUAGAAUAAGCGCUAAUGAUGCCAUUGCCACUUUACAUGGCAAGAUUCUCAAUGGGGUCAGACUUAAAGUUAUGCUGGCCGAGUCCCCAAGAGAAGAGUCUAACAAACGGCAACGCACCUACUGAUUCUUAGAAAUUCAGUACCUGCUUGCAUCAUCCUUCUGAAAACAGUAACUCAAGAGCACAUGGAUCCUGGGAACCUAAGCCUAAGCUUGGUUCCGAUAGGCCUCGUUGGCGGAAUGAAGUAGACCUGACAUUUGGUGUCCACCUGCCAGACAGUACCUUAGCAUCUGAACACACUGCAGAAGAACUUAAAGGAAUGGAACCUGGCAAUUCCCCUGUGGUGCUUUUUUGAGACAGGAACUCACUAUGUAUCCCAGGCUAGCCUCAAACUUGGAAACUUGGAAUCCUCCUGCUUCUGCCUCCCAAGUGCUGGGAUUUAGGUAUGCACCACAUGCCUAGCUCCUGCAGUACAUUUUAAAGGACAGAAGUUGCACAAGGCUUGUUUUUUGACCCCAAGGCAAUAAAAACAAACUUUUUAAUCACAAUCACCUGAAAACUAAUUUUAAAACCCUCUGCUGAACAGCUAUUUAUCAAAAACAGUAAUUCAGUAAAACAGAAUGAAAGCAAGAUGGCGGAAAAGUAGAGGAUUAAAGCUAUGCUGAAAAGUAGAU